UCGCAUCUGUUUCGGUUUCUCAUCAAUUAUCAUUUUGUUUUCGAAGUUCAGCUAUUUUAUCAUCUUUUCUGUGUGUCAAGUGUUUCCAAAAGGCGCCUACCAUCGGCAGAAGACUUCAGAGAUAUUGUUAAUGAAUAUUCAUUCGAUAUUAUAAUGGAUAAAGCCAUGGGAUAAAGCAAGAGUUCGGUUACCCAUAAGAAAAUAUGUGACGUAUUUGAUCAAAAAGCGAUAGGUAGUGUCGAGUUAUUUUAUGUUUCAAGUGAAGUUAUCUUGCCACCACGGCUAGAAAAGUGCGAUGUAGCUUCUGACCUUAGUGCAUCCAAGUUGAAAAAAGUUCUUUUGCAUGUUCUUGUUGGUCAAUAUUUGCUCGAACUCUUAUUGACGGACAAGGGGUAAUGUGUAGGAGCCUCCAUCUCAUUUGCACAUAAAAAAAGGUGCAAAAAUAAGAUUUUGUGAGUGUUCAAAAUGUAAAUGUGUAAGCGAAGUCGAAGUUGAAGCAGUUCGGUUAUCCGAGGUGAAUAAAGAAAAAGAGUGGAUGGUUUUUGGUGCAAUACUCAUUCAAGGCCAAAGUUUUGUGCAGUUGUUUUGGAGGAAAUGUCCCAACCCAAUCAUUUUCAACCGUGGAAGCAGGGUCGUCCGUUGGGGAUUCCAAUGCCGAAUCCGACUACAAUCAGUGCUCAUGGAAAAUUACCGGCUGCAGCUCAUCAAAAUUUGCAUUCAAUCCACCAGCCGCAGCCAGCCACCGUGCUGCACGGUCACCAGACGCUUCCGCGCGGCCCUCCGGUAGGGCUUCCGCCCCCCAUAGCGGUUCAGACAGCAGCAGCAUCCUCCUCGACAUCAGCCAUUUCCUCCUCUACUGGUUUGUCGGGUUCCGGUGGAGGAAUCGGCGGGAUGAGCGACUUUCUCUCCCAGCUGGGCGCUGACAAGUUGAUGCUUAGCAAGCUAACUGCCAGCUAUGGGAUUACGAAUCUGGCGACCGGAGAUCAGUUGGCAGGCGGACAACAGCAGCAAUCCCUUCAGCUACAGCAGCAGCAGCACCAGCAACAGCAGCCCUCACCGCUAGAUGACUGUGCCAAUGACAAGGAGCGAGAGCUUCGCAUUCAGCAGAUAUUCGAGAAUGCUAUCGGCGACAACUCCAAAAAGCAAAUUGUUGAUAUACUGGAGAAGAUUUCCAAUCUUCGACCCCCAGAACGAUUACUUCUGUACCUGCGUAUGCCUGGUGGAUAUCCUGAAACAGACCCACUGCGUCAAUCUCAGAAUCCACUCGGUACCCGUUCCGAGAUUAAUCAUACCAUAAACUGGGUACGAUCGCACCUAGAACCUGAUCCCAAUGUUUCCAUCCCGAAGCAGGAAGUGUAUGAAGAUUACACUGCGUACUGCGAGCGAAUUGACAUCAAACCGCUGUCAACGGCAGACUUCGGUAAGGUAAUGAAACAGGUGUUUCCCGGUAUUCGACCACGGCGACUGGGUACACGCGGUCACUCCCGCUAUUGUUACGCAGCAAUGCGUAAAGCUACCAAGCUAGCGGCCCCGAAGCUACCCGAUCUCAUCACCAGUACCGGAGAGAAACCCCCACCGGAAGAUCACGUGCCCAGUGACGAGGAAGCGUGGAAGGUGAUAAAGGUAUGGGCCGAAGCCAUGCUGCCGAAUUCGUUCGGUUCCAUCAACGAGCUGGCCAGUUUCAUCACAAAAAACAAUCUCAACUCACCGGCCAGCAUUGCCAGUCGACAGCUGCUGCAGAAGAAACUUCUGCAACGCGAGAUUAAGGAGAGGAAGAAACUCACCGCCGCCGCCCUGAAGAAACGUCGAAGAAAACGCCGCAAGACGCUGUCUACCAGCAUGGAUUCCGAGGUUGGCCAAUCCGAACCGCAACCAUCAUCAUCAUCAGUGGUAUCUACUCAACUCCCAUCAUCACGCGAUCAUAUCGUUGCGCAGCAAACGACCAGUGCAAACCCGGCGGUUGCUCCUGCUACCAGUGGCAGUCCGUCCGCGCUGCUGCAUCAGAUUAUCAAGCACGAGCGGCAGGAUUUUACCGACGACGAUAACAAUAACACUUCUGUCGGUAUCGAAACGAUGAAGCAACAGCAACAGCAGCAGCAGCAGCAGCAACCGCCUUUGCACCAGCAGCGCCAUCCAAGUACAAAUCUGAACUGUGAUACAGGCAAUGGAGUCUUAGCCGCAACGCCAGCGGUGGCAGCGUCAGUUGCGGGCAAUGCAGUCACUGUCACCGGCCGGGAGAUGCGUAGCCCUGCCGAGGAGUACAAUAUCUUUUGCAAAAAAGUUCGCCAGGCGCAACAGUUGAAAGCUGCAGCUCAGAAUCAACCCUUGUCAAUCAUACCGAGCUCAAGUCUGAGACCGCCGAGCGCUGCAGCAAAGCGUGCAGCGUCGAUAGCGCAUUUAACCCGUCAGAAGCGCUUCCGAAUGUUGCAACAGCAGCAGCAGCGAGCGAUCGAGGCGCAAAACAAUUCCGCUCCGCAUUACGAUGAAAUGGGCAAUUUGAUCCUGAUCGAGUCGCAAGAUUUGGUGACCAGCAGUAAGGAGGAUUUUAUCAUUCCGAGGGAACGGGUGAUCAGCAUUUGUAACAUGGAUAAGAAUGCGCUGGAUGACUACUUGAAUUGUGAGGAAGAAAAUUCACAGGAUCAAGACCAGGAAUUGUUGCAGUACUUUCCGGAGGAGAAUAAUCCUGAUGGACCACCCGUAGGGCCAAUGACGUCGUCAUCAGGAUCGAAUGCUGUGUCCUCCGUUGGUCAGGCUGGGGGUGGUUAUGGGGGAAUAUUUGACGAUAGUGACACAAAUUUAAAGCUAUCGCAGUUAAGAAGCAUGUUAGAGCAAAAUAUGGCACAAUCUGGUGGCAUAGAUAAACCGCAGGUAGGUGGACAACUUGAUGGUUUUGAUGCAACUAUCGGUGGGCAGCAACUGGGCUUGCAACCGGGAUCAGCAGCAGCAUCACUAGCCAUGUUAUCUCAACGUCAUCAUGGAAAUGGUGUGGCUAGUACAGACGGAGCGUCGUGUACUAAUAUGGAUACGAAAAAGAAUUCCACUGGUGGAAUGAAAUUAUCACUCGAAAACUGUUUCAAUAAUAUAGGUAACGGUUCGGCGGUGGGGACGGCAGCAAAUGGCGGAACUACUUUACAAAGUCCCAAUGGACGACGAAAAAAUUAUAACUUUGUUCCAAUUUCGGCCGGUCCGCAGUCUCCGCGGGUUCUACCGCAAGCUAGACAACCAGUCCGCAAUGGCACCCCGAAUGCUAGUCCGUUCGUUAGUCCAAGAAACACCCCAAUACAUCGCAAAACUAAACCUGCUAAUAAUGGCCUUACACUUAAUAUACUCCAGCAGAACCAGCAGUCUAUCCAGCUAUCUGGAUACCAGCAACGUGCAUCUUAUAUAAAGAACGAGCUUUCCGCCUCCGCUCCUCCCAGUCCUUCUCUAGCCCAAAACUACAGGUUUGGACUGAACCCAGGUCCGUUAAACACGAACACAAUGCCCUCUUUUCAACCAAUAUGCAAUCCUUCUACUCACAUGCAGUCUCAGCAAAAUUUGGUCAAUUCACUGGAAUCCCGCUCCAGUAGUGUACCUCUAAUUCCCAAUUACGAUGGGUACAACCAUUCCAACUUCACAUCCGUUUCACAAACACCGGCUCCCUCCGAAUGCGACGACUUCUCCGAUCCAAACAACAUCCUGGACAUGCUGAACGAACCUUCCUCAAACAAUCUCGCUCAGUCAAUCAAACUAGAAGCAUCCGACCCAAUGAUGUCCGAUAUUUUAGAAACGGAUGACAUAUUUCCGAAAGCACCGUACAGCAGUGUGUCGCGUUCGGUUCCUUCAACACCGCUUCCCCAUCAGAUGUCAUACAAUCAAACAAACCCCAACUGUGCCGCAAUGCUUGGAUCAAACGGUCUUUCUUCUAAAUCCCUUUUUGAGCUUCCCAAAUCGGUGCCAACGACUCCGAUUACCCUGAACAAUGGUCGCGAUCAACUAUUCCAAUACAGUCCGGAAACCCCGCGCGACUGUCUGAUCAACGGGAAUUCAAUCGAGCGAGGAGGCGGUAAAAUGACAUCGUUCUAUCAGCAGAAUCAAACUGCUAACAACAUUGCUGGAACCGAUGGAACUUCGGUGAAUGUUUCGGUAAAAGCUACCGACAACCCUGCUGCCCCACCGCCUUCCACCGGGUCCGGGACGGAGAUGUCCGUUCUGGGGGAAGGAAUCGAAAGCCUUACCGAUGCCUUCAUCGGGUCCGAUACGCUACGAUAUCUGUAGAACAGCAAACUAAGGAGUAAGCAGACUGGUAGGUAGAAAAAACUAAGAACAGAGAUUGUGCGUGAUACGAAACCGCACGCGCCAUAUUCCGAGCCAGGGUACUCAUUCACUCAGCAGCUUACAUUGUGUCUACAAAGUGUACUUGUUUUAUUAGCAAUUUAUUCUCCACGUGCCGUCGCUAAACCUAGAGGGGGGACCGUCGAUCCCAUACAUAUUUCCGCACUAGUGCAACAGCACCCGUAGAUUGCGCGCAUGAUGCCGUUGCUCCCAGCCGGUCCCUGAUGGUAGCUCGACGGUACAUUUGUCCGGUGUUAAUAAAUGAAAAACUAUGAGAUUAUUCGAAGCUCGUCAGUUUAGUGCAAACUCAUGACAGAAAAUAUUUAACGCCAUUUAAAAACUUUCUUAAUAGGUUCCCAAUUUGGAACCACGUUCGCACAGAUUGCGCGUACCCUAUCCUAACUAUGGCCUUGAAUAAGAUGGUGCUCGCAAACUGCGCUAUUUACUUGAACGUUUUGUGCAUCGCAUCUAACUAAAGCACUGCACAGACUGGUCUACGGCUCAAGCAAAAGAUGACCAACCAGAGGAAAAUGCUAAAUAGUGCCGCGCCCUCAUAGCGGUGCCACUAAAAAGACAUUCGAACUGACUAGAUUAUUGGCGUGGGUGAGCGAAAUGAAGAGAGAUGAACAGGAACGAAAACAACUCUUGAUUCGAAAUACCAUUAUUUGUCUAAUGAUUUUGUUUUGCUGUAGACUAAAGAGUGUAAUGCUGCUGAUUUCAAAAACUAAAUCAUUGCAUCACUAAUCAGCGUUUUCUACUCUCUUACUCAUCUAGGAACCAAAUAGGCCUUAUUAUAAUUAACACAUUUUGAGGCUCAACACGUGUUAAAUUGUGCCGACUGAUUCGAACGUAAACCAGAGGCAGACAGACUGCCACAUUGUGCCAGCGGGUACCCGUUCGUAAAGGAUUACAUUGUUGAAUUAACAUCAAAUCAGCGGCGUGUUUACAAUGUUUGUCAACCGACCACGGUCGCCUCCACUGCAUAUUGGAAGCGGUAGUUCGAGUACUGUAGUAAAUUACACUUUGCCAACUAAGCCAUUCUGAAUCGUUGGACUUUCCCUGUUUUAGUUGUCUCAAGAAUCUUGAGUUGAUUCCAUUGCCAAGUACUUUCACGUGUUUGACAUAGUUUUAAAAUUGUAAAGGUUUCCCAGACCAAAAGUGAAACAUAUUUUCUUAUUCGUUUUCUAGCCGGAAAUGGGACCGGCACAGCAGCCGUAGCCAAUGAGAGCUUGCUAGUUUAUUUCACUUUUCUAAAGUGUACUUUUAUCGCUCGCGCGUGCGGUAAUGUAAACUAGUGCCGGUGCACCUCGAACGUCAGUUCUGUCUGCUUGUAAAUGCACUUUCCUGUGCAUAGAUCGCAAUACCGCACCGCAAUUCAGCGAAGUCGGCUGGCUGUUCGCAUGACUAUGACCUUGAACUAGAGCGAGUAGUUCAUCGACUCGCAGCCAUGUUGUGUGAUGUAAAAGUUUACAGACUUGUACGGCCGUAUGGCCGGCAGCAGCAGCCGCCAGCCAGCGGUUCUAAAUAGAUUUGCUAGUUUUCUAAGCGUGUGGCUUUUCAGUUUGAUAAGAGUUUGAACGCCGUCGCCGCUGCUGGCUGGCAUCUUACGGCGAUUUUCAAGGCGACCGGUAGUAUUAUAAUUUACAUGAUCUGCGUCAUCUUGUUUAUUUCAGAACAAGAUAUGAUGACGUAGGAUUAUCCCCGCGUGUGCUUGUUUAGAUAUAUUUUCCUUGGCUGUUGAUUAGCAUUAGAUUAUUUUUGAAUUCAAAUUGCCAUCAAAUCAGUAUGAACUAUUGUGAUCAUUCCUAAAAUGAAAGAUUUGCUUGACCUAACUCGGUAGAAAAAUACUCAAACUAAACACUACGUUAUGAAACUGACCUACCGACGGAACAAAGCUUUAGAGCGCACGAAAACCUUAAAUUGGUGAAUCAUAUGAUAAUUCCAACUUGAUAAUUAGUAACUAAAAAAUCAUAAAAAUGAUAAUUAAGAUUCAUACGUAGCACAUGUGGCCUAACUUGCGAGAUUUAGAAGUCUCGGCAAAAAUGAUCAAUAUGCAAUACUGAUCCUAGCCUCGUGGAAAAAUAUUUGGAGCAAAAAGUAGUAGGUACCAGUUUUAGAAUAGAUACAAUAAUAUUUCUUUUAAUUCUGGCACUAUCAGUUUAUGUGACGUAACACAAAAAUGCAUUUUGCUUUCGACAGACCAAAAACAUGUUUCGUCUGAUUUUGCUGCAAAUUAACUCACAUUUCGUCGUCGUCGUCAUCGUCAGCACAGAGGAGGGUCACGCGUUUGUCUCUUUCGUGCCUGUACCUUUCAUGCUUUAUUACCUAAACUUCAGUUGAACGCACUAUUUUUAGGGGGAGCAGGACUGGAGCACUCCUUGAUGGUUAAAAAUGCAAGAGAUAACAUUCCAGUAUUUCUAAGUUCAGAUUACUGGGUGUUUAAAAAGCUCAAAAGCUAUAAAAGUCUUCUUCAAACGUUUAUUUAGAAGAACAAUUUAUUAUUUUAAAGUUUUUUGCUCUUCGUUAGUUAGCUGGGUACAUAAAAUUGGGGAACAUGAUUUUACAAUUGAAGUGUCUUUAUACAUGGAGUAUGGUGUAUGGAUUGGAGGAUUAGUGAUCUGUAGACCGCCAGCUUUGUGCCGAUUGGGAAACUACGCAACUUCAGCUGCCGCUAAUCCGUAGAAAACUCCAUUCGCGGCUGCAGUACGCCGUUUUACUUCACGGCUUUUGUCACAUCUCACGAGCAAACCACUACUUCACAUCGUUCCCCAUCCAACUCCACCUCGGCACCAACACUAUUUGCUCUCUUAUGUUUCCUGCCAGUAACCGUGUACUUCGUUUUGGCGGUGUAAUAAGUCCCAAUCUCGCUGCUUCUCGUCUAAAAGGUUUAAAGCCCUCUUCUGCUCAACGGUUAAUUCCGAUAUCGACGUCAUCCGCAAAACAAAAAAGCAUAUGAGAUUUCGUUAUGAUAGUUCCAUUCCUUUCCACGUUGCUCUUCAUGUUGUACCUUCCAUGACAAUAUUAAUUAGCUGAUUAGAGAGUGCCUUCUCGAAAGCAGCUGAUCCGCUAUUCUGAUGCAUGAUUUUGACUUUUCCAACGUCACACGAAUCAGCGUAAUAAGUUACAUCGAAAAAUCAUGUUGUAAUGUUAUCUAUCACAGCUCAUUUCUGAGACUGAAUCGUACACCGCCUUAAAGUCCACAAACAGAAGACGACGAGACGGAAGUAUUCCUUCCUUUCGGUCUGCGCAUUUGCAUCUUCAAUGAUGAUUUUCCCCUCUUCAUACUUGCUUACUUGCUUAAGUGGCUUGCCAUCCUAAGACAAAGCCUGUUGAACAAAGUUUCUCCAUGUAACUCAGUCGAGGGCUACCACUCACCAAUUCCUCGGACGCCGAGUACUCUCCGCCAGAUCUCGCUCCACAUGGUCUAACCUUCUUGCUCACUGUGCUCUAUCUUUGCAGGAUAGUCCGGUUGUUCGGCAUUCUUGCAACAUGCCCUGCCUAUCGUAUCCGUCUAGCUUUAGCCACCUUUUGGAUACUGUGCCUCCAUACUCUGUUCUCCUGUACGUCGCCGAAGAUCGUUCUUAGCACUCGUCAUUCGAAAACUCUGAGCACUCGCAGAUCCUCCUCGAGCAUUGUCCAUGUUUUAUGCCCGUAGAGAACAAUUGUCUAAUAAGCGUCUUGUACAGGGUUCACUUUGUACGGGGACUUUGUACGCUCGACCGUAAUUGCUUGUGAAGCCCAUAGUAAACACGACUUCCGCUGAUAAUACGCCUCCGUAUCACGGCUGGUACCAUUGUACGCCGUUACAAGUGAGCCAAGGUAGACAAAUUCGUUGACUACUUCAAACUCAUCGCCGUCGAUCAUUUUACUACUGCCUAAGCGGCGUCAGUCGGUCUCGGUUCCACCGGCCAGUUUGUUUGAGACGUAUUUACCUUUAACUCGAUUUUUUCUGCUUCGCACUUUAGUCUGGUGUACUGUUCAACGAUCGCCACAGAUGUGCUGCCGAUAAUAUCCAUGUCAUCGGCAAAGCAGGCGACUUUACUGGAUUUGUUGAAGAUCGUGCCCGGUUUUCGGUUCAUAACACCUUGCAGCGCCAUGUUGAGCAGCAGGCAUGAGAGACCAUCAUCUUGACGAAGCCCUCUGGAUGAUUCGAAUGAACUUGACAGCCGAAAUCCCAACACAGCGCUGUGUACCAUCCAUUGUAGAUUUAAUCAGUUUGAUGAGCUUCCUGGGGAAGCUGUUCUCGUCCAUAAUUUUUCAUAGGUCUUUCCGGUCGAUGGUAUCAUAUGCGGCUUUGAAGAGAACGAACAAAUGGUGCGUGGGAACUCUGUAUUUACGGCCCUUUUGGAGGAUCUGCGGCAGUGUAAAUAUUUGAUCCGUUGUAGACCGACCUUUGACAAAGCCGUCUUGAUAAGUUCCCACAAAUCUGUUCGCAAAUGGUGAUAGUACGCGGAAAAUGAUUUGGGACAGCACUUAAUAGGCGGCAUUGAGAACGGUGAUCGCUCGGUAGUUCUCACAGUCCAACUUGUUGCCCUUUUUAUAGAUCGGGCAGAUAACCCCAUCUUUCCACUGCUCCGGCAACUAUUCUGUAUCCAGAAUUCUUACAAUUAGUCGGUACAUACAAACAACUGGUCCCAUUUUAAUAAGCUCCGCUUCGAUGCAGAUACCAUCUUUCCGAGCUGACUUGUUGUUCUUUAGCUGCAUGAUGACCUUCUUAACGUCGCCUAUCGUUGGGGCUGGCACCUCUUCCCCGUUUGUUGCACCGUCGAAGUCGCUUUCCCUGCCGCCAUGGUGUUCCGCCUGGGCGCCAUUCAGGUGUUCGUCGAAAUACUCUCCAUAGGUCCUCUCGAAUCUGUCGUACAACUCGUCCUUAUGUAAACGUUGAUUAGGCUGUGGGUGAAGCAUUGGUCCUUAAUUCUCAACACACAUAUGUGGUCAUCUACAAAUCUUCUGUACGGGAAACCCUUUCUCCGGAAUUUUGCCACCAAACUUCCUGAAUAGCAACGAUCUCCACUCCAAAUCGAUGUACCUCUCGAGCAAGCAAACCAGCUCGCACUGGUUCAUGGACUGGUCAAUUGAUCCAUUCCGUAUUCCAAUUUCAAAUUCUCCAAUUCCGUGGUAAAUGAAAGAUUCUAUAUAUUGCCUUACCGGGGUCGCGAUACCUACACCCUGUCCCCUGACCCUGACC